CAAAGUGUAAGUAACCCAUCUGUAAUGCAGCGGAGAAUGACAGUGCUACGGGAGAAAGGAAGGAGACAGGCCGUCCGUGGUCCAGCAUUCAUGUUCAAUGACAGGGGCACAAGCCUGACUCCAGAAGAAGAACGUUUUCUGGACGCAGCUGAAUAUGGGAACAUACCUGUUGUUCGGCGAAUGCUGGAGGAGAGCAAGUCACUGAAUGUUAAUUGUGUUGAUUACAUGGGGCAGAAUGCCCUUCAGCUAGCAGUUGGAAAUGAACAUUUGGAAGUAACUGAGCUCCUUCUAAAGAGGGAUAAUUUGGCUCGAAUUGGUGAUGCAUUAUUGCUUGCUAUCAGUAAGGGAUAUAUACGAAUUGUGGAAGCAAUUUUGAAUCAUUCUGGAUUUGAGCCCAGUAACCGACUGGCCCUCAGCCCUUGUGAGCAAGAAAUGCAAGAUGAUGAUUUUUAUGCUUAUGAUGAAGAUGGCACUAGGUUUUCUCCAGAUAUCACUCCAAUCAUUCUGGCUGCCCAUUGCCAAAAAUACGAGGUGGUUCAUAUGUUGUUGAUGAAAGGAGCACGAAUUGAGAAACCUCACGAUUAUUUCUGUAAAUGCAAUGAAUGUGUGGAGAAACAAAAGCAUGAUUCAUUUAGUCACUCCAGAUCAAGGAUCAAUGCAUACAAAGGAUUAGCAAGCCCUGCCUAUUUGUCUUUGUCUAGUGAAGAUCCAGUACACACUGCACUGGAACUUAGUAAUGAAUUAGCCAAGUUGGCAAAUAUUGAAAAAGAAUUUAAGAAUGACUACCGGAAGUUAUCUAUGCAAUGCAAAGACUUUGUUGUUGGUGUUCUUGACCUGUGCCGAGACAGUGAAGAAGUUGAAGCUAUUCUAAAUGGUGACAUGGAAGCCGAGCAAGAUGAAGGACACCACAGUCAGAGAGCAGGAUUAACACGUGUCAAACUGGCCAUUAAGUAUGAAGUCAAAAAGUUUGUUGCACACCCAAAUUGCCAACAGCAACUACUCACAAUAUGGUAUGAAAACCUUUCAGGGUUGCGGGAGCAGCCCAUAGCUAUGAAAUGCCUUGUGGUACUCGUUAUUGCACUUGGGCUCCCAUUUCUUGCAAUUGGCUAUUGGAUUGCACCUUGCAGCAAGCUGGGGAAGAUGCUAAGAAGUCCCUUCAUGAAGUUUGUGAUGCAUGCAGCAUCCUUCAUCAUCUUUCUGUGUUUACUAGUAUUUAAUGCCUCUGACAGAUUUGAAGGCAUCAAAACCUUACCCAAUGUCACUGUUAUCGAUUAUCCUAAACAAGUCUUCAGAAUGAAAACUACUAUGUUUACCUGGACGGAAAUGCUAAUUAUGGUGUGGAUACUGGGAAUGAUGUGGACUGAGUGUAAAGAAAUCUGGACAGAAGGACCACGGGAAUACAUUUUCCAAAUGUGGAAUCUUUUAGAUUUUGGAAUGUUAUCCAUUUUUAUUGCUGCAUUUACAGCAAGAUUUCUGGCAUUUCUGGAAGCUUCUAAAGCACAGCAGUAUGUAGAUGAACAUGUUGAGGAGAACGAUCUAUCACUUGUAACACUUCCACCAGAAGUUGAAUAUUACACUUAUGCCAGAGAUAGAUGGGUUCCUUCUGAUCCUCAGAUCAUAUCGGAAGGCCUCUAUGCAAUAGCUGUUGUUCUUAGUUUUUCACGAAUCGCUUAUAUUCUGCCUGCAAAUGAAAGUUUUGGUCCAUUACAAAUUUCCCUUGGAAGGACAGUGAAAGACAUAUUCAAAUUCAUGGUCAUUUUUAUUAUGGUAUUUCUUGCUUUCAUGAUUGGGAUGUUUAUCCUGUAUUCCUACUAUCUUGGUGCAAAAGUAAAUCCAGCCUUCACAACAGUUGAAGAAAGUUUCAAGACACUAUUCUGGUCAAUCUUUGGUUUGUCUGAAGUAUCUUCUGUUGUCCUCAAAUAUGACCACAAAUUCAUUGAGAAUAUUGGAUAUGUUUUAUAUGGAAUAUACAACGUCACUAUGGUGGUGGUCUUGCUCAACAUGCUGAUUGCCAUGAUCAAUAGCUCAUAUCAAGAAAUUGAGGAUGAUGCAGAUGUGGAAUGGAAAUUUGCUCGAUCAAAGCUAUGGCUUUUCUACUUUGACCAUGGGAAAACCUUACCCCCUCCGUUCAGUCUUGUGCCUACUCCAAAAUCGUGCAUUAGUUUAAUACUAAAAAUCAAAAACUGUCUCAUUGAUCUAUUCAAAUGCAGAAGGAAAAGAUUGAAGAGAGAUGUAGAGAUUGGAAUGUUGAAUUCAAAAUCUAGGCUGAAUCUUUUUGCACAGUCAAAUCUAAGGAUUUCAGAAACACAAAGUUUCAACAGCAUUAUGAAUCAACCAACAAGAUAUCAGCAAAUAAUGAAACGACUGAUCAAACGAUAUGUCUUGAAAGCUCAAGUUGAUAAAGAAAAUGAUGAAGUUAAUGAAGGUGAACUGAAAGAAAUUAAACAGGAUAUCUCAAGUCUUCGAUAUGAACUUCUAGAAGACAAAUCUCAAGCAACUGAGGAGCUGGCUUUCCUCAUUCAAAAGCUUGGUGAAAAACUGAAUACCUGUCUGACGAAACAAAAACACCAGUGACUUAACUUGAAAAUGGACUUUCUAUUUAUCAAUGUAUAGAAACAAGAAACAGCACAAUUUAAUGCAAUAAUGUUUAUAAAUUAUAAAUUUGAGAGACAGUAUAAUAAAGCAUUUAGUAUCUCUUGUCCACA